AUGGCAGUUAGAUAUAUGAACAAGAAGAAGAAGAAGAAAAGAAGGGGAAAGAGAUGUCAAUUGAUGCAUGCAUGGACUUACAGCCUCCCCGCGGAGGGAACAAGUUCUCCUGAAGGAAUGGCGAUGGACAUAGCCCUUGAUGGGGGUGCUUUGGGAGCUCUUCGGAGCCAGAAUAAAGAAGAAAGAAAGAAAGAAAGAAAGAAAGAAAGAAAGGUAGAGAGAGAUAGGCAGAUGCGAAUCCUGCGUAUCCAGCGUAUCCUCCUCUUUCCUACUCAAAGCACCACGACAGAAUACGGCCCUUCGGAUUCAUCGAUGGGAGAGGCAGACGGUAGUUUUGCCCAUGAAAGCUGCGGCUCGAGACCAGGCCGUCGAAUCCAGCGUGGGAGCGUAUAA